AUGGUCGGCGUGCCGCGAAGCAGCGGAUGUCAGCUCUGUCGCAAGCGCAGAGUAAAGUGCGACGAAGUCAAGCCGGCCUGUGGCAAUUGUCUUAGGUACGGCGCUGCAUGCCCAGGAUACGAGAAGCAACUCAAGUUCGUCUCUGGCAAGCAUGUCGUGCGGCCAAAGGGCAGCGGCGCGAAGCUAUCGCCUUCAAGUCAGAGAGGAGGAGGGAGUAGCAGCAGCAGCAGUAGCAGCAAUGGCAGCCCGUCCUCGUCGUCUCUUAUGAGCUUCAGCUCGCCAGCGCAGAGCAUCACACGGAGCCCCUCGCCCAAUAGAGCCCAGUUUGUAGCGACAAUGCUCGCCUCGGCCACGGUUACGCUGCAGCAAAAGGACGUCACGGGCUUCUUUUCGUGGAUGCAGCUUGGCAGCAUUGGCAUGACGGCCGGGCUCGACAGCGCGCUGUGCUGCCUCUCGAUGCACAUUGUCGGCAAAAACGUCGGCGAUGCGGCCAUGGUUGCCAGCAGCCGCACGCUCUAUGGUCAGUCGCUCGCGGAGUUGCAGCGGCAGCUUGUUCACCGGACCAAAUGGCGGGACUCUGAUACGCUGUGCAUGGCCAUCCUGCUGUGCAUCUUUGAGCUAUUUGCUGGGACAGGCUCAUCAGACUCGUGGUUGCAGCAUGCGCGAGGCAUCGGUGUUCUUAUUGAGCAGCGUGGCCCUGCAGCCCAUGCAGACGGCUGGGAUGCAGCAAUGUUGCUUUCCAUUCGAGGCAUUCUAAUCAUGUCGGACCUGUUCUACCCGCGAGACGAGGCGUGCUUCCUGUCGAGAAAGGAAUGGCAUCACGUCAUGAAGGACCGAGGGCGGCGUCUUAUCCAUCCGCCAACCAUAAGCGACGAAUCGAUUGAAGCUGUAGACGAGUACAACGUCCAGCUUGCAUACGUACCUGAAGUGGUCCGGUUGGGAUAUCCUGCCCUCUUAGCAGCACGCAGCGGAAUGCCCCCCGACCCUGUGUACAUUGCGGCUGCACGGCCGAUAGCCGUACGGUGUCACGCGCACAUGAAGGCAUGGAACGAAAAGUACAAGCACGUAUUUCCCCCCGUAGAAGAAGUCCCCAGCGAAGAUCCCGACUCACUGUAUGCCACGGUGAUCAAGUACCCAGUGGGCUGGGCUGGCACGAUGCAGAUAUCGUACUGGGCGACCAUGGUGCUGCUGCAGGGUAUGUUGGGUGUUUUGCAGCACGAGCACAACUACGAGCAAGAGCAGCAAGAAUAUGUUCGGGGCAUCCUGCGGUCCGUGGAGCAUCUCGGUCAAGGGCCGCUUGGCGCGUAUCGUGUCGGGUACGCUGUGCGAGUUGCGUACGAGGUUGCAAGCGCGGAUGCGCAGGCGUGGAUUCGCAGGCAGCUGGACAGGUUGUCGAAAACGUAUGCGGCCGUGGACAAGGCGACAUAUCCUGAGCAGAGGGCCGAUGAUGAAGGAUACUCGUGA